AACAUUGGCAGCUCUUCCCCAGCUGUCAGCUUUAUUUGGUUUAGAAGGAGCUAAACUAAAGAGAGCAAGAUGUCGUGGGCCUGUGACCCCGUGUUGACGUCGAACAUCGUGAACAGCUACCAGACAGCUGGUCCGCUGUUCAUGCAGUCACUGCAGACGUUUUUCGCGGCUCAGUGCGCUCUGGUCGGCGACCACAUCUGGCCUGCUGACGCCACCCAGGCUGUGCUCGAUGACCCCAACUACGACUUCGUCGUAGUAGGCGCUGGUUCAGCUGGUGCUACAGUUGCUAAUAGGUUAAGUGAAGUACCAGAAUGGAAAGUUCUGCUCGUAGAAGCUGGCGGCAACCCUACCCUGAAUACCGAGAUCCCCCAUCUGUUCUACAACAACAUGAAGAGUCCUCAAGAUUGGGCCUACAAGACUCAACCUGACAACGCUGCCUGCAGGAGUUACACCGCCAAGGGUUGCGCCUGGCCGCGUGGUAAAGCUCUCGGUGGCAGCAGCAGCAUCAACUUCAUGUUCUACGUCCGAGGAAACAGGGCCGACUUCGAUGAAUGGGCAGCCGACGGCAACUACGGCUGGAGCUACGACGAUGUCUUGCCUUACUUCAGGAAGAGCGAGAAAUUCACUGGCAUCUUCAACGAAGAGAACCAGAAGUACCACAACUACGAAGGCAACCUCAAUGUAGAUGUCGACAAGCAGUCCCAUGACUUCGAGCACAUGAUUAUUAACGCUGCGAUCGAACUUGGAUUAAAGAACUCUACGGACAUCAACGGUGAGAGCCAGAUGGGUGUCAUGACCUCCCAGACCACAACAAAGAAUGGACACAGAUUCAGUACUGCUCGCGCUUUCUUGGCCCCUAUCAAGGACAGGAAGAACUUCCAUGUCAUUAAGCACGCUCAAGGCACUAAGGUAUUGUUUGUUCCCGGAACCAACAAAGUCAGCGGUGUGAUGCUCCACAAGGACGGUAAAGACAUCGUUGUCAAUGUAAGGAAAGAGCUUAUCCUGUCCUCUGGUGCCCUCAACUCGCCACAGAUCCUGAUGCUCUCAGGUAUCGGACCCAAGAAGCACUUAGAAGACCUGAAAAUUGAGGUUAAGGCUGACUUACCUGUUGGAGAGAACUUGCAAGACCACUUAUUCGUUCCCACCUUCUACACCAAGCCUGGUGACAAGAACUACUACUCCAUCUCUACCAUUGCUCAGAACUUCGCUCAGUACAUUAUGGAAGGAACUGGCCCAUUGAUCAAGACCAGCCCCAACCGUGUGAUCAGUUUCAUCAACACCACUGACCCCAACUCAUACGCCUCUGACAUGCAGUUCCACUACUUCGUUCUGCCCCCUGGUGUAUACAAUGUUUUAGACAUCUUCCAGAAGCACGGUCUUAACGACGAGGCCUAUACCAAGUUCAAGCAGAUGAACGAAGACAAAUUCACUUUGGUCAUCUUCAACACUCUGCUGAAACCCAAAUCCGCUGGUAGGAUCCUCUUGGCAAGCAAGAACCCGCUUGAAGCCCCAUUGUUCUUCGCUGACUACUACAAGGACCCCGAAGACAUGGCGACUGUAAUCAGGGCCAUGAAGCAACAUUCUCUGAGGCUUGGAGACACCAAGGCGCUGAAGGAGGCUGGAUUCAAACUGGACUGGCUCGACAUUGACGCUUGCAAGAAGUUCGACAAGAGCAGCGACGAAUACUUGGACUGCAUUUCAAGGGAGCUGACUUUCUCUCUGUACCACCCGACCAGUACCGCUAAGAUGGGUCCUGAUGGUGACGAGACCGCGGUCGUCGACCCCGAGCUCAGGGUACGCAAGGUCCAGGGUCUGCGUGUCAUUGACGCCAGUAUCAUGCCUUCAGUAGUGAGAGGCAACACCAACGCUCCUUCAAUCAUGAUUGGAGAGAAGGGAGCCGACAUGAUCAAGAAACAAUGGUUGAGCAACCACAAACUACACACCGAACUGUAAAUUAUGUAAAUAAAUAAUGAUUAUAAUUAAUGCUAUUUA